AUGCCUAAGAAGCACACGCCCUCAUACACAACGGCAAAACCAAGCUACGUCCAUCCCUCGUUACAAAGCUCGCGAGCCCCGGCUACUUCGUCAUCGUCGUCGGAACCGCAAACCGUCAACCAGCGCAUACAACAGCUCCGGCGCGAACAGGCUCACAGACCGACACCAGAGGUCCGGGAUGAGCUCACAUCUGCAGUAAGCAGUCGUACCGUUCCGCCCGAGUUGCGGCGCAUCUUACACAUACCCGAAGUUAAUGCUCCAAAACCAAAGGCUAAUGCGAGGCCAAGACGGAUCGUUGGGGGCGCAAGACCACCACCGGGACCGGCAGCACCCAGCAGCUGGCUGCAGACAAGUCGCCAUGCGCCCGCAUACAUGAGGAAAAAGAAGACAGAGGCAAACAGUAGAGGUACUGCGAGGUUUGGCACCUUGGCGCGCGUCUCCAAUGAGGACAGGAAGCGUAUACCACCGCCUCGAAGUCUUGUCCACUACUGCCUACGAACCUUUGCCCUACAUUGGCAAGAACUGUCGGAAUACGAGCAACAUUAUAUCAAAGAGCUGCCAGUAUCGCUUAAAGAAGCCUUACUGAGCUACCUGACGAUAUACGGAGAAAAGGGAAGCCUGGACCUCAAGUCGUUGAAGAUAUUGUUCCAGAUCGAAAAUGGGAGCGCAGCAGCAUGGGAAGAGGUGCAAUUCCUCGACUUUUCUGGACUGCUGAACGAGGCUUUUACAAUCCAUGACGUUGGAAAGUGUAUCAAACGCCCUAGUAGUGCUUCUGUGGCAGUCGAUCUUGGAACACUUCAUCUAGAUGAUGACAUAGCCGAGUCUUGGGAGGAGGAAGCGGAAGGAAGCGCUGUCAAUGCACCAACACUGGCAGCGAAGCUUCAAACUCCACAUUUUACCAAUCUCAGUCGGCUGUCUCUUGCGAAACCCGGGCCAUGGGCCUCAUGGCCAGAUUUGCUUCGUAUUUCGCCGAAUCUUAACAAGAUCACACACCUCUCACUUGCACACUGGCCCCGCCCUUCAAUGACUCCGAACGCGAAUACCACGUCCAUGGUCGGAAAACAUACAAGUGUUUCGUUGGGCGGUACACAUUUUUACUCUGAUCUGGAUGACGACUGGCACGAAGCCACAAAUAUACUACGCCGCUUCUCCAAAGAUACCUACUCUUUACAGUGGCUGGAUCUGGAAGGCUGCUACUGGUUGAAAGCGCUGACAUCACAUGACGGGCAGACAUCAGCAGAUACGGCCAUGACUACCGAAGACUGGAACACUCAAACCUCGAUCCCCGGACCGGACUGGAACGACGCUUGGCGACGGAUCGUUUACAUCAACUUCUUCCAGGGCUGGAUACCGAGUGACAGUCAGAGCUUGCAGAACAUGCCAGCAGGUAUCGUGCCCGCGCAGUUGCUGGGGUGGUUGAGAGAUAACAAAGAUAAGGAGGAUGUCAAGUGGCGUCUGCAGCCACAGGAACGUGGUCAUGCCGUCGCCGAAUGGGUAAACAGAGAGAAAGUCGCGCGACUCGUCGCUAUGGACAUCCAAGCCAUGCGCAAACGGGGAGAGGGCACCUGGUGUCGCAUUGAUUUUGGGUGGCGCGCCUCAGCUUCCACAUAGAGAAGAAACUAGUCACCUC